UGUUCGUGGUGGCUUAAGUUCAGUUUAAUUGUAUGUUUGACUAGUCAAAAUUGGAAUUUGAUCAGCGCGAAAAAGGGAAUCAGGGUGUAUGCGUAUGUAUGACUUGGAAAGUUUUUAGAGUUUGGAGGGCAAUAAUUGAGGAUUUUGUAAAGGCUUGUUUGAGUUUGGUGUUUGUACCUUUCACCUUUUGCUAUAUUCCCUGAAUCUCAGCCAUUGCUUAUCACGACCUCUCCCUCCAAUUCAACCUUUUUUUAAUGUCUUGAGUCUUGUUUAGAAAUAUAGAAUCCUAAGGUGGACCUUGAAUUGGGGGAAAACAGUAAAAUUCUCCUCCAAUUGUGUGGCAAUGACAUGAUUUUUCAUUUUGCUUCCUCAGCGAAAAUGCCACUAGCAAAAGGGCCAUCCGUUGUUUCUAUUUGAUAUUAUUGGAUCGAAUUAUCAAAAGUACUCAUACACAUCAAAUCGAAUAUAAGUGCACUGUGCAGCCAGCUACAAAAAUAAGGAUAAUUUUGAUACAUUCUGUCAACUAAUUAAAAAAUGUUUAAAAUGAGUGUUAAAUAGUAAUUAUUAUAAAAGUUAAAGAUUUUCAAUAACAUAAUAAUCUAUAAUUGAAUGAGAAUAAAUUUUUUUAUACCACUAUAUUCUAAUUGGAUUUCAUAAAAAUAAGAUAAAAAUGCAUUUUUUUUUCAGGGCAGGAGGAUAGGGAGGAUGAGUGUGUCUAUAACCUUAUGGGCACAGUCUAAAAGAAGAAGAAAUGAUGAACAAUAUAUGCUCGUUAUAAACUUUGAUAUUGUUCUAAAAAAAAACAGUAGUUUACAUGGAUCAUAUAAACUUGGACCAAUUAGAAGUCAGAAAAAAUUAACUACCUACAAAAAACUAGUUUUGCAGAUGGCAGUAACUAACUAAGCUAUUAAUAGAAAUAUUUAGUCAAUACCCUUCAACCUAGAAUAUGAACAUCAAACAUUCCAAGCUUGUUAUGUAUUGUAUGAAAGGGAACAAAAUAGAGGCAUAGUUGAUACGCCAGUAUCAUGAAAUUAGCUAGCAAGUGUAGGAUGCUUGCUUGAACUUUGUCCCUAACAAUGUGCAGAGUUUAUUUUGAUAUGUUUUGUUCUCAUGGAAUAUUGAAUUUGGGCAGUUGCUUCCUGCACCCCAUGGUUCUUUGUUUUGUAUGCAGAGUAAGAUAGCUGCUAGCAUGGGAAUGGAUACUGCCGUGGAGUCAAUGCAUCAACUUAGAUUUGGGAAACAACUAGUUCCAGAAAUGCUUAAGGAGCUUCUAGAUGUGUAUGGAACUUCAGGAUGGCCCUAUAUUGAAGAGGCCUCUUACAAGCUCCUAAUCGAAGCCAUACUUAACAAACAACAAGGUUCUGCAGAAGAUAAGGAAGGUGUUAUCAAUGAGACAUCAUCAGCUGGGAUAUCUGAAGUUGGCUCUUCUGGCCUAGUGGCUGAGGACACUCUAAUAUUGCAUGCUAGUGAUGGUUUGGACUCUUCACUUCAAGCCAAUGAUCAAGAAUAUGCAUCACUUGUUAAUCUAGAAACUGAAUUUUAUUCCAUCCUCUCUCAGUUCCUCCCAUUUGAAAAUAUAUUUAAAUUAAAUAACCCUUUGGAUGACAUCCAUAAAUCUAUCUUCAUCAUUCUUAAGCCUGAUUGCAGACUUAUUUGUUCGUAUUUAAUUCUUUAAAUUGAACUAAGUAAUGUACAAGUUAAAGUUUCUUCAACAAUUCAAGUCAAUAGUUUGGAAGCUGCGAUUAAAUUGCAAACACAAGAUAUAUUUGCUGCUUAACUGCAUCACAUUUGAAGAAGUUAUGUCUAAUUUUCCAAAAGAGUGAAGAAAAACUUACUGACUUUUCUUUUGCUUAUGCUAAAUCUCUGUGUUUUGUUUCUAGUUGUUAGUCAUUCUGUUGUGCAAGCUGAUAGAGGAGGACAUGAACAAUUAUAGCGCAUUUGUCAAGACUCCAACGAUUCAAUCUUCCGAAGCAUUUGAUCAUUUUUUAUGCCACAAGGGUAAAGGUUACUAUGGAUUGAUUGGUAAUGGUAGCCAAGAUGAUGAUGUUGAACUUAUCCACUUUCCAGUUGCACCAUUACAUAGACAAAUUGAGAAGAUGCUUGGGCAGUAUAUGGUAUGUAAAUUCUUGGCCAUUAAAAGCACUUGUAAUUAAGCCAGGGUGAUAGGUAGCAACUUCUUGUUCGUGAGACAUUGAAGAUGACUCAGUUGACUGAUUUUUGUUACGUAGUC